AACACUAAUAACUAACACUUCUGUUAAUCAGAUAACCUAGCAUGGUUAUCAUCCAGUAAUCUCAGAAUGACAAAACAUUGGCCUGGUACUAGUAAAUAUGUAUGUACACUCAUACUUUCCUCUCACCUUCAGCUUUGGAGAUCACUAUGAAUGGAAUAAAGUGACGUCAUGUAUUCACAACAUUCUGAGUGGGCAGCGCUGGAUCGAGCACUACGGAGAAAUCUCCAUCAAAAACUCCAACAGUGAAAAAUGCCAGUGUAAAGUCACCUUCAUCAAGGCAAAGUACUGGAACUCCAGCAUGAACGAGGUGGAGGGAGCUGUCACAGAUCACAAAGGGAAAGUCGUGCAUAAGCUGUUUGGGAAAUGGCACGAGGGGAUGUACUGCGGCAGCCCACCCUCUGCUACCUGCAUCUGGAGGACGAAUCCCAUGCCUCCUGAGUAUGAGCAGUACUACGGUUUCACUAAGUUUGCUAUGGAGCUCAAUGAACUCGACCCUCUUACCAAACCACUUCUUCCACCCACAGACACCAGACUACGGUUCGACCAGAGGUUAUUGGAAGAAGGGAACGUUGAAUCUGCAGAGGAGCAGAAGCAGAGAAUCGAACAGCUGCAGCGAGAGAGACGCAGAGUCCUGGAGGAGAACCACAUGACACAUCAACCUCGAUUCUUCCAGAAGUCCAAAGAUGACACCUGGGUGAGCAACAACACUUACUGGGAGUUAAGGAAAGAUCCUGGAUUCAGUAACCUUGACUGUCCGGUCCUCUGGUAACUCAGAGGCAGCCAACUACAUCUGUGCUCACUGUUGCCUGCUCUUAUCUGUUCUGGCCAACAUUACAGCUUCAAGAGACAACACACACCUUUUAAAGUGAGGUAGAGACUGAUAAAGCUGUGAGAGACUGGUGGCUGAUUGUUUCAAAUAAUUCCUUAAUAUUUAUAAUUUAAUGUCCCAACAGUUCAGUUGCCUUAAUAUGCUUACAUUAUGUUGUAGUUUCAUUUAUGCAAAUGGAUCCUUUGGAAGUAUGAGAAAUAUGCAAUCCUGGCCCAGUUCAUAUGUGUGUUUUUUUUUAUGUGCAUUGUAAGUAGCACAAGAAACCAAGAGAAAAACUGUUGGAUUGUGGUCCCUUUUGGCUAAAUGUAGUACUGCAGGUGACCGCACCUUAAAAAAGACGUAUAUAGUAUGUUGUCAGAACAAAACUGCGUCGUCUACCUCUUAAAAUCAAACUGUCGAGGAAUUUGAUGUAUAUUAGAAUAUGAAUAUAAUACAUAUAAUGCCUUAUAUUAAAUUAUAUACAUUUACUUUGCUAGAACUUUCAAUUAAAUCCAAUGUAUCGUCACAAAGUAUUGUAAUUUUACAACCGCCUUUUACUCUGAGACACUUGAAUGAACAAAAUGUUUGAGGUUCUCAGAAACAUUUAUAUUCAUCUUAACUUAUUCACAAGACUGACAGAUGGCUCAACAAUACUGAACAUUACCAUCACACACGUGAGCCUGGCAGUGUUUUAAAGCUUCUUCCACACGGUUUGACCUGUAACCUGUGCUCAUCUCACUACGCACUACGACGAAUGAUGUUGGGGGACUGGGGUACUUGCGUGUUGAUCACUGCAGCGUUUCCUCUUCCUUCAAUAAA